CUAUGUUACUUUUCGUUCUAUUAACUCCCAAACCUGCAAUUGCCCUAAUGAAACCUACAAUUUCCCUAAUGAAACCUACAAUUUCAUCCUCUUCACCCAGCAUUAGCUCUUUGAUUUUCAACCUUCUUCUUUCUUUUCCCUCUUUCUCCUUUCUUUUUCUUCUUCUUUCCCUCUCCUCCCUUCUUCUUCUCUUCCCCUCUCUUUGAUUUGUUGAAGGAGAACCUGUGAGAACCCAGAACGGGUUCUCCAAGAGAAUCCAUGAGAACCCAGAAUAGUUCAUCAACUAAAGGGAUUAUGAUGGUUUUGAUCAGCAAGGAGGAUGGUGUACAAUAAGAAGGAGAAAGGAAAGGAGAGAGAAAGAAAGGGUUGGGUUGGAUGCUUAACGGAGAGGAGGUUCUGUUGGUUUUCAAACGAUGAAAAAGUUGGAGGUCAUAUAGAAAAGAAUUUUGAAUUCUUCUCAAGUGUAAUGUUGAAUGUUCAUAGAGCCACAGAUCUUAUGUUUUCAAGAGAAUAUGAACUUGAAGAGGCAAGAUCCUUUUCAAGGAAAUUACUUGAGAAAUACGCAUCAGAAGGAAAUGGAGAGCGGUCUUUCUUGAAAACGAUGAUCAAGCAUGAGCUAAGUGUUCCAAGGAUUGCUCGACUGGAUCACUUGGAACACAGAAUGUGGAUUGAAGACAAAGAUAUAAAUUCAUUGUGGGCUGGAAAGACUUCCUUCCAUAGAUGGGAUGGCAAGAGCCUGAAUGGGCAUUGCAAAGCUAUCUUUGGUAUCCUUGAUGAUCUUGAGAAAGAAAUUGCAGCAAAACACCUCCAUAGUCAAGGAUCAGAUAUAACAAACCAUCUGCAACACCUAGGGUAUGAAACAUUUGUUUCAUGGCUGGUGGAAGCUAAAUGGAGUCGGAGUCAAUGCGUGCCAUCAAUGGAAGAAUACCUUGCAAUUGGUAUGACAUCUGUUGCACAUACAAUAGUUCUUCCACUUUCUUGUUUCUUGACUCCAAGCAUUCGGAAUCACCAACUCCAACCAAACCAAUAUGAGACACCCACCAAAUUGCUCAUGUUCAUAACUCGCUUGUCGAAUGACAUUCAAAGGUACCAGGAGGAAGAAGAGCAAGGAAAAUUGAACACUGUGCUGCUGUAUUUGAAUGAAAAUCCCAAGGCAGAUAUUGAAGACUCAAUUGCUUAUGUGAAAGGAAUGCUAGAGACGAAGAAGAAAGAAUUGCUCCAACAUGCUGUCAUUGAUGGCUUGAGUGAUCUGCCAAAACAUUGCAAGCAGCUUCAUCUAUCAUGCCUGAAAGUAUUUGCGAUGUUUUUCCAUUCAAGCAACCGAUGUGAUAAAGAGGACACAGAAAUGCUUAAAGGCAUUCAACAAGCAAUCUGUAGUCCUCUACUUGUUGGAAGAACAUCAAAGGUAUUGACAAAUUAAGAAGCCUCUUGCUUUCUUAUUCUGGUUCAAAGGAACAUAGAAUAAUCAACUCUGAAUUUGGUCAGCACUCCAAAUAUCACAGCAGGAGAGUCAUAGCUAGACCUUUCUCGCCAAUAUCAAGGCGUAGAUGUGAUAUUUUGUUCAUGCCACCAAAAUUUAGACUGUCUUUAGUUUGAAACAGUAUUUACUAGGUGUAACAUUGCAAAAGUAGUAUAUCUCUUGUGCAAUAAUGUUCUCAAUGAAUGUCAUAUACCCUU